ACCGCAUCUGCCUUGGACCAUCAAUUUCGACCCAUCAAAGCUGCUGCUAAGAAUGCAUCAUGCAAUUCCCCUUCUUCCUUUAGCAUUGCUUUACGCGCCUCCUCCGUCAAAUUCUAUCCAUAUUUCAUAACGUCUUACCAUCCAUCCAUCGCAACCACUCAUCCCUAUAGGAAUAUCUUACUAACAUCUUUCAGCCACCGCCGAAAAAUACGGUGAUGGUACAACAGGUAAGGCUAUAUCCACCCGUUUCGAAAGGUAUGUAUCCCACACUCCUCAUUCCUAUAAUAACAAAAGUCUAACAGAAAAACAAACAGAAUGCGCAAAGAGCCCGCCUGGGAUCUGAAAUCACAACCGAAAAGUACUAACAACACCCUAGCAAGCACACCCAAGAAAACCCGCGCUCCGCGUAGCACUCCCAAGAAAACCCCCAGGAAAGCCGUCGCAUCCAGCAACGAAGAAGGAGACGACGAUUCGGACCUCGAAAUGGAUACCCCCUCCAAAAAAUCUCCCGUCAAGAAAGAACCCAUCAAUAAAGUCAAAGGUGGACGCGUCGAGAAGAAAAACAGAACUCCUGCUCGCGCGGCUAAAAAUACUGUUAAGAGCUACAUUGAUAGUGAUGAUGAGGGUGAUGAUGAUGAUUUGAUUAUUAAGCAUGAGGAUACUAAUGCGUAUGAUUUUGGACGCGCGGCAGAUGGUGAUGAGGAUAUGCUUGGUGGGGGAGGAUAUUUGGGACAUGGUAAUGGUAAUGCUCGUGGAAAUGGUGGGUUUGUGGAGGAGGAUAAUGAUUUUUUUGAUGCCGAGUCUUAGAUAGUUGGGUUUGGGAUGUACAUUGGAGAUGAGAUGUGUGGGAUGGGAUUUUAUCACUGGGUUGGCUGAUAUGAAGCUGGUGCUGGGGUAUUCAGUUGGUGGUUCAUCUGGGAUUUUGAUACUCCUGGUUAUUUUCUUGUCUAGUCAAUUUCGACUUUCGACUUUCGAUUUCCAAAUCUUCGCAUCUCAUCUCAUCACGCAUCAUCUCGGCAAUAUUCUCGCAGAGACUGUCUUACAAAUGAAAGAAACGCAUCUACUUCCCACUCCAAAUUUACG